AUGGGCAUCAUAUUCGCGCCGAUAGGAGGAUUGUUGAUAUAUGCUAGUUCGCAGGUCGAAGAGUUAAUAUUCGAUUACUCCAAUUGCAAAGACGCGCCUGUUGGCAAGGACAACGCCAAAGAUGCCAGGGCCAACGUUCGAGCCUCGUUCAAAACACAGUCGAAGGGUGAUACCCCUUAUCAGUGGUAUAAGAAUGACGAUGUCGACGUCACACUUGACAAUGGCGUGCACAUCAAUACAACCGUCUGCUCCCUCAUUUUCGACAUACCGAAUGACAUCGGCGCGCCAGUAUACCUCUACUACCGCCUUACCAACUUCUACCAAAACCACCGUCGAUACGUCAAAUCUCUGGAUCUAGACCAGUUGAAAGGUGUUGCCGUACCAAACGCCACUAUUGGAACCAGCACUUGUGACCCUCUAAGGCUUGACCCCAAGGGCAAGGCAUACUAUCCAUGCGGCUUGAUUGCGAACUCCGUGUUUAAUGAUACGAUAUUGGAACCCAGACGUAUUGGUGGUGGUAAUGAUGGAAACCAGACCUACCCAAUGACUAACAAGGGCAUCUCCUGGUCGUCCGAUAAGGACCUUUACAAGCCCACGAAAUAUUCCUACGACCAAGUCUCGCCGCCCCCGAACUGGAUAAAGAGAUAUCCAGACGGAUACACGGAGAAGAACCCGCCACCAAACGUUCAGGAGUGGGAAGAAUUGCAGGUUUGGAUGCGUACCGCCGGUCUGCCAACAUUCAGCAAAUUAGCAAGACGAAAUGACGGUGACCGAAUGCUUGCCGGAUCCUAUCAGAUUGAUAUCCAGGACAACUUCAAGGUCGAUAUCUUCGGUGGCACCAAAUCUAUCGUCCUCACUACACGAAGCGUGAUGGGUGGCAAGAACCCAUUCCUGGGAAUUGCAUACGUCGUUGUUGGUGGAAUCUGCAUUGUCCUCGGAACAAUCUUCACCUUUGUCCAUUUGGUAAAACCAAGGUAUGUCAACACGCCCUCAUUCUUAUCCCCUAUUUAUUCCAGUACGUGGCUAACGAGCUUCAAAGAAAACUCGGUGAUCAUCGCUAUCUCACUUGGAACAGCGAGCAUGACGGUACAGGUGUAG